ACGGCGCCCGGAGGCUGUCGGGAAGUAGGCGGGGUGACGUGAGGUUGACGAGCCAAAGGCGGGUUUGCAGAGCUCAGUGGCCGGAGGCGGCUGGAUUGGGGGUGGGUGGGUGCCGGAGCCGGAGGUGGAGCGGGGCGGCGUGUGGCCGGGGCCAUGACGGGCAAUGCUGGGGAGUGGUGCCUUAUGGAAAGCGACCCCGGGGUCUUCACCGAGCUCAUUAAAGGAUUCGGUUGCCGAGGAGCCCAAGUAGAAGAAAUAUGGAGUUUAGAGCCUGAGAAUUUUGAAAAAUUAAAGCCAGUUCAUGGGUUGAUUUUUCUUUUCAAAUGGCAGCCAGGAGAAGAACCAGCAGGCUCUGUGGUUCAGGACUCCAGACUUGACACAAUAUUUUUUGCCAAGCAGGUAAUUAAUAAUGCUUGUGCUACUCAAGCCAUAGUAAGUGUGUUAUUGAACUGUACCCAUCAAGAUGUCCAUUUAGGAGACACAUUAUCAGAGUUUAAAGAAUUUUCACAAAGCUUUGAUGCAGCUAUGAAAGGUUUGGCACUGAGUAAUUCGGAUGUGAUUCGACAAGUACACAACAGUUUCGCCAGACAGCAAAUGUUUGAAUUUGACGCAAAGACAUCAGCAAAAGAAGAAGAUGCUUUUCACUUUGUCAGUUAUGUUCCUGUUAAUGGAAGACUGUAUGAAUUAGAUGGAUUAAGAGAAGGACCGAUUGAUUUAGGUGCAUGCAAUCAAGAUGAUUGGAUCAGCGCAGUGAGGCCAGUCAUAGAAAAAAGGAUACAAAAGUACAGUGAAGGUGAAAUUCGAUUUAACUUAAUGGCCAUUGUGUCUGACAGAAAAAUGAUAUAUGAACAGAAGAUAGCAGAGCUACAAAGACAACUUGCUGAGGAACCCAUGGAUACAGAUCAGGGUAAUAACAUGUUAAGUGCUAUUCAGUCAGAGGUUGCCAAAAAUCAGAUGCUUAUUGAAGAAGAAGUACAGAAAUUGAAAAGAUAUAAGAUUGAAAAUAUCAGAAGGAAGCAUAAUUAUCUGCCGUUCAUUAUGGAAUUGUUAAAGACUUUAGCAGAACACCAGCAGUUAAUACCACUAGUAGAAAAGGCAAAAGAAAAACAGAAUGCAAAGAAAGCACAGGAAACCAAAUGA